UGUGUACCAGUAUUUCUCUCGGACAGCAAGAACUGGGAGGGGUUAUCCUCCUAGCACCAAGGAGGCGUGGCUGAAAUUUCUACAACCAAUCGAAUCUGUCCUGCCUUGGAGCUAGUGGGAAAGGAUAACCCAGAGGUGUCCCUGGCAACAUCAACCAGAAGGAGCCUUCACGAAGCUUCAAAUCAAAUAGCAUUAAGAGCAGAAAGAAAGCAUACCACCAUCUCUCCAUGGAUCACAGGGGCUUCUUCAUGGAAAACACCAUCUGGUUUUUGCCUCUCGAGAAUCAGCCAUUUCACACUUCCACAGAGGAUCUGGUGGUUAAUACCUUGUAGUGCUACUUUGGAAGCCAUGGCAAAGACUUUUGCAACAUAUGCUGUUAACCUGCAAAAAAUAAGGUGUGUCAGCCCAACCAUUUUAAAGUGCUUUGUAGUUUGAAUCAAACCACAUAUGACACUAGAAGCAUCAUUCAUGCUUUUGUACAGUUCUUGGGUUUUUUUACAUUAAAAUAGCAACUGUGGGGAAAGGGUGGUGAUCAGGUUUGGGGGAAGGGUGAGAAAGGAGGGGUUACUGAACUCUUGCCACAUGCACCAUGUUUCUGAUAAAAAUAGGACCCACCCACCCCCGCAUGCUAUUAGCCCCAGGAAGGAGAUUCCCAUUAGCUGUCUGUGUCUGCUGUGACAUUGCAAGGAGCAGAACCCACACCAAGCCAGUGUGUUUGGCUUGUAGGUGGGUGAUAGUAAAACUGCAUGCAGGUCAGCCUAACUUCUUUAUUAACCUAACCUGGGAAUGAAAAAAGGCUCAGCGAGUAGCAGAACAGAAGGCUCGGGUAUGGUUGGGUUUGACUAGCUUUGGGGGAAUUAAAUGUCCUAUGUACUGUAAGUAUAUUGGAUCACAUGAAGAACAGAUAUCUGCCCUUGUCAGCAGGUUCAGUCAAGUGGGUAAGAUUGUAAUAUAAAGAUCUCAGCUGGUACAGUCAUUCCCUCUCUCCAGGCAACUCUAGUACUAUGAUGCAGGGGAGGGGGAAAUGUCCAACACUCUACAAUUUUCAAGCUUUUCUAGGGGAAAAUCAUGAAAAAGAAACCACUAUAACAACAGUAUAGGUUUGUAGCUAGAUAUGCCAUAAUAAUAAAAACAAACAACAACAACAACUACAACUACUACUACUACUAUAAUAAUAAAUUAUUAUUAUUAUAAUCCCAGUGGUAAUUGGCACCCUAGGUGCAAUUCCAAAACAACUUGAAGAGCACCUCAACACCAUAGGGGCCACAGAAAUCACCAUCAGCCAAUUACAAAAAGCAACUUUACUGGGAACAGCCUAUAUUCUACAGCAAUAUCUAUAAUAAUAACAACAAUGAUAUUGAUAAUAAAUUUCAGCCAUCCCAGGCCCUUGGGAAGGACUCAAUGUCUGGAUAAAACAGACCAGCCAAUAACACUUGUCUGACUGUGUAAAAAAGAAAUAAUAAUAAUAAUAAUAAACCCCCAGUGAGGCACUACCUUGGCAUGGUUGUGGGGCUUGUGUGCUCUGAGGAAGGUGAGAGCUAUGCCAGAGGUCCAACCAUACUGGACAGGUCUCACCAGAGGAGCCAGACAAAGAGUGCCGCUCCCAUCAACAAUAUGGUGAGACGUAACUUUAAUAAAUCUAUACCGGAUUGGUCGUCGCCCGGGUCAACAAGGACCGCGCCAGGUGCUAUAGUCCCAGGACAUCUGGUGGCAAGUGGGCAACAGGACUCAGGACCUUCAGUUGAGCAACCAGGGCUGGAGACAGCAAAGCUACUGGAAGGAACGUCGCUUAACCGAAAAAAAUAUACAAAAAAUGCCAACAAGGAAAUAAUGAUCUGCUAUUACAAGUCUAGUCCAACUAGAAGAGGUUAUUUAAAAAGAAUGUACCAAAUUUGGAAUGAAAAGCACCCAGAUAAAGAAAUAACAGAACAAAGGCUAGCAGAUCAGAGAAGAUUCAUAAUAAGAAAUAAAGUAUUCACAGGAGUUGAGCUGGAAGAACUGCAAAGAGCAACACAGGCUCAAGAUAUGGAAGAAGAAUUACCACCAAUUGAAGAAGUUGCUCAGGCGCAGGUGGAGGAGGUGUUGGAAAUCGAGGAUGCCACUGUUACUGAACUGUUUCAAAAUCAAAACCAGGCAACCACCCCUUUGCCUUCACCUCAAAAACCCAAAUGCCGUUUAACAGAAAAGCAACAAGAACUAAAGCAAAAAAUAACUGAGCUCAUGAACCAAACAACCACCAGGGUUCGACUUCCAGCUCUAAAAACAGUUGCCAAAAAACAACUUGCUCAGGCAUUAAAAGAUGUCAAUGCUGCACUUGCAGAAAUAACAACCAAUAAUUUGCAAGAAACAAACCAACUAAUGUACAGUGCAGCAACAAUAACAACACAAUAGCUCGUAUAUAAGAUCAGUGGACCUGUAAAAAAAGAAAGCAGUACAUCACCUAAAUGGAAGAUUAGAUUAGAAAAUAAAAUCUCCAGGCUUAGAUCAGAUGCUAGUAAAUUGAAAGCUAUGAAAGACAAGAAGCUGAAGAAUGAAAACACCAAACAGUAUCUGAUCCAAAAAUACCACCUAGAUUCAAGGAAAAUUAGAGAAGUCCUGGAAAUAAUAAAGCAGCAAAUAACAGCAGUGUCAAAGAAGAUUAGCAGUUAUGAAGCCAGAAUUACACAACACAGGCAGAAUCUCCAAUUCCAGUCGAAUCAGAGACGUUUCUACCAAAGCACAGAAGGGGAAACUGCAAGAAACCUAGAAACACCAAAUAAAGAAGAAACAGUGCAAUUCUGGGGGAAAUUAUGGGACAAUCCAAUAGAUUAUAAUAAAAAAGCAGGCUGGAUGAAAGAGGUCAAAAAAUGUAACCAACAAAUGCAAGAUCUAAUAAUAACACCAGAAUUAAUAAGUGAAAGAGCAAAGAAAAUUAAAAAUUGGACUGCUCCAGGCGACGAUAAACUGCAUGGCUUUUGGCUUAAACACCUAACAAGCCUUCAUAAAGAACUAUCAAAACAGUUCAAUCACAUUUUGCAAGGAGGUGAUAUUGAACAAUGGCUAACAACUGGGAAAACUCAUCUCAUCAUGAAAGACCCAGCGAAAGGUGCAGUUCCAAGCAAUUAUGCACCGAUAACCUGUCUGCCAACCAUGUUCAAAUUAUUAACUGGAAUAAUAGCAGAUGAAGUGAUGCAACACUUAUUAACUAACAAACAACUUCCAGUUGAACAGGAAGGAAUUGCCCGAACACCAGAGGCACAAAAGACCAGCUGCUGAUUGACAAAAUGAUUUUAGAAAAUUGCAAAAGAAGAAAAACCAAUCUAAGUGUUGCAUGGAUUGACUACAAGAAAGCCUUCGAUUCAUUGCCUCACACAUGGAUACUAAAAUGUUUAGCAGUAUCUGUUGUCAGCAAAAACAUUCAGAUAUUUAUUAAAAAAGCAAUGAGCAUGUGGAGCAGUUAACAAUCAAUGGCGAGACACUUGGACAGGUUAGCAUUAGAAGAGGCAUUUUCCAAGGGGACUCACUAUCCCCUCUGUUGUUUGUAAUCGCCAUGACCCCACUUUCACAAAUACUCAACAAAACAGUCCUCGGAUACCAAACAUCUAAAACAUCCAGUCAAAUCAACCAUCUGCUGUACAUGGACGAUCUGAAGUUGUAUGGAAAGUCCCAGUCAGAAAUCGAAUCACUGCUAAACACUGUCCGUAUAUUCAGUAGCGAUAUAGCAAUGGAGUUUGGACUAGACAAGUGUGCUGCAUUAAUAACGAACAGAGGGAAAAUAAGAAAAACAGAAGGAAUAGAACUGCCCAAUGGAAGCAAGAUCAAGAACCUGGAAGAGAAAGAACAUUACAAAUACUUGGGCAUUCUCCAGGCUGAUAACAUCGCACACACUGAAGUUAAAAGAAAAAUUUGAAGUGAAUACAUCAGGAGAGUUAGAAAAAUCUUCAAGUCCAAACUCAAUGGCGGGAACACCAUACAAGCCAUAAACACCUGGGCUAUACCUGUUAUCAGAUACACUGCAGGAAUAAUAGACUGGACCCAGGCAGAGCUAGAGAUGCUGGAUCGUAAGACCAGGAAAAUCAUGACCAUCAGUCAUGCUCUGCACCCCCGCAGUGAUGUCGAUAGGCUAUACCUCCCUCGCAGCUCAGGUGGAAGAGGAAUGCUGCAAGUCCAUCAAACAGUAGAGGAGGAGAAAAGAGGCCUUGAAGAAUAUAUCAAGGACAGUGAAGAAGAUGCACUUCAAAUGGUCAAUAACGCAAAACUAUUCAACACCAAUGAAACAAAGCAGGCCUACAAGAAAGAACAAGUCAAGAACCGAUCAGAAAAAUGGAGAAAUAAGCCCCUGCAUGGUCAAUAUUUGCACAUUGUAAGUGGAAAAUCAGACAUCACCAAGACCUGGCAAUGGCUUAAGAAUGGCAACUUGAAUGAAGAAACUGAGGGUUUAAUACUGGCUGCUCAAGAAGAGGCACUAAGAACAAAUGCAAUAAGAGCAAAAGUAGAAAAGUCAACAAUAAACAGCAAGUGCCGCCUUUGUAAAGAAGCAGAUGAAAAAGUGAACCACCUAAUCAGCUGUUGUAAAAAGAUCGCACAGACUGACUACAAACAAAGGCAUGACAAGGUAGCAGGGAUGAUACACUGGAACAUCUGCAAAAAAUACAAGCUACCUGUAGCCAAACAUUGGUGGGACCAUAAAAUUGAAAAAGUGGUAGAAAAUGAAGAUGUAAAAAUAUUAUGGGACUUCCGACUACAAUCAGACAAACAUCUGCCACACAAUACACCAGAUAUAACUGUAGUUGAGAAGAAAGAAAAACAAGUCAAAAUAAUCGACAUAGCAAUACCAGGGGAUAGCAGAACAGAAGAAAAAGACAUAGAAAAAAUCACCAAAUACAAAGAUCUACAAAUUGAAAUUGAAAGGCUGUGGCAGAAAAAGACCCAAAUAAUCCCAGUGGUCAUUGGCGCCCUGGGUGCAGUUCCAAAAGACCUUGAAGAGCACUUCAACACCAUAGGGGCCACAGAAAUCACCAUCAGCCAAUUACAAAAAGCAGCUUUACUGGGAACAGCCUAUAUUCUGCAACGAUAUCUUUAACAACUGACAAUAAAAUUCAGCCAUCCCAGGUCCUUGGGAAGGACUCGAUGUCUGGAUAAAACAAACCAGGCAAUAACACCUGUCUGACUGUGUAAACAAGAAAUAAUAAUAAAAAUUAUUAUUGAUUAAUAUAAUUAAUAUUAGAAUAGGGAAAAGAUAGCAGAAUCAGUAUGAGUAUGCCAAAGUAGAGUUUUUUUGACAAGCAUUGAAAGAGAAUAAUGAAAGAAGUCAGAUAUAUGUCAGAAGGCAAAGAGUUUGAAUGGUAGAAAUUAGUGAUGGAAAACGGAGCAUUGGUUUCACUUACCGUGAAGGCUUCUUCUGGUUGCUGGGGCCAGGGAUAUCUCAUGGGUUAUCCUCUCUCAAGAGCUCCAGGCAGGACAGAAAGUAAAUAGUAGGCGU